GGCAGGCUGGAGCCCUGGUACUCGUACACCCACUGGUUCCCCAUGGCUUCGGCCCACGUGAUGAAGGAUGGGAGCCGGCCGCCGGUGCCCCGCAUGCAGCCGGCCAUGAUGAUGUUCUCCAGCAAGUACUGGUCCAGGAGGGGGCUGUCCCUGGACUCAGCCAUGUUCCACCAGCAGAACCAGCAGCAGCAGCAGAGGCAUACUGGGGGGCAGAUGUCCAGGCGGACGUCUUUCUGUCCCAUCGAUGAGAAGCCUGAGAGCGAAAGCUCGGAGGAUUCUGGGAAAACCGCGGUGGUGUUUUCUCUGAAGAAUGAGGUCGGCUGUCUGGUCAAAGCUCUCAGACUCUUCCAGGAGAAGCAGGUCAACCUGAACCAUAUUGAGUCCCGGGUGUCCAAGCGGGUUCCUAAUGAGGUGGAGAUCUUUGCCAGCUGCAACUGCAGCAAGAAAGAGUUCAAUGAGCUAUUAGAGCAUCUCAAGGACAAUCUCACCAUCGUCUCCUUUGAAACGCCUGCAAACGAGUGGCCUGCUGAAGCAGACGAAGACGACGUUCCGUGGUUCCCCAUGAAGAUCUCUGAGUUGGAUCAGUGUUCUCACAGAGUGUUGAUGUACGGAUCCGAGCUGGAUGCAGACCACCCGGGCUUUAAAGACAAUGUUUAUCGUGAACGCAGGAAGUACUUUGUGGAGGUGGCUAUGAAUUAUAAAUUUGGGCAGCCCAUCCCCACCAUCAAGUACACCCCUGAAGAGGUGAAGACCUGGGGCGUUGUGUUCAGAGAGCUGACCCGGCUGUACCCGACACACGCCUGCAGGGAGUACCUGAAGAACCUGCCGCUGCUGACCAAACACUGCGGCUACAGAGAGGACAACAUACCACAGCUGGAGGACGUCUCCCAGUUCCUCAGAGAGCGUUCUGGUUUCACAGUUCGUCCCGUAGCAGGUUACCUGUCUCCUAGGGACUUCCUGGCUGGUUUGGCCUACAGAGUGUUUAAUUGCACUCAGUAUGUUCGUCACAGCACUGACCCACUCUACACCCCUGAACCUGAUACAUGUCAUGAGCUUUUGGGUCACGUUCCUCUCUUGGCUGAUCCGAAGUUCGCCCAGUUCUCCCAGGAGAUUGGUUUGGCCUCGCUGGGAGCGUCUGAUGAGGAUGUACAGAAAUUAGCAACGUGUUAUUUUUUCACCAUUGAGUUUGGACUCUGCAAACAGGAUGGUCAAUUUAGAGCUUAUGGAGCUGGUUUACUGUCUUCUAUUGGAGAACUGAAGCAUGCUCUGUCGGAUAAAGCCUGUGUGAAAAUGUUUGAUCCAAAGACGACCUGCAACCAGGAGUGUCUCAUCACCACCUUCCAGGAGGUUUACUUUGUUUCAGAGAGCUUUGAGGAGGCCAAAGAGAAGAUGAGGGAGUUUGCAAAAACAAUAAAGAGGCCGUUCUGUGUGUACUACAACCCGUACACGCAGAGCAUGGACCUGCUGAAAGACACGCGGAGCAUUGAGAACGUGGUGCAGGAUCUGCGCAGCGACCUCACCACCGUGUGUGAUGCUCUGGGGAAGAUGAACACCUACAUGGGAAUCUGAAGACCAUGCAGUGAUCGCAGUGAUCGGCCCAAACAUCAGCAACAACGUGACCUCUGCUUCUGCAGAGCUUCAUUCACAGUCUCAUGUUGAUUUAUCAUUCAUGUCCAUUCACUUUGGUUAUGGUGUAGCUUUAAAUGUUUGCAUUCUUUGUGAAAGCUUUACCUGUCAGCCUGGAACACAGAGAAUCCACAGGAGGUUCACUCAGUCACAUUUCCUGCAGACCAGUCUCUCAGAGCUGCUCGCUGUUGGCCUUC